AUGCGUUAUCACUUGGCAACAACACUUGGUCUCUUACUUUGUUUGAAUUCGGGCGCCGCUCAAGUGGAGCAGUUGAAUCCGGGAAGAUACUAUGCGAAAGCCGCUCCGGUGCUCACUCCAGAUCUGUUACGGCCUUGCUUGACACCUCCAUGUCCAGUAGCUACGAUGGGGCCGGGGCCAGCAGGACCGGCGCCUGGAGGACCAAUGGGUCCAGGACCCGAAGACAACCUUCCAACCCCUCCACCAGAGUACCCAUCCCAGCAGCCAGUGUAUCCGGGUGGACAGACGCCACAAGGGUAUCCAGCUCAAGGGCAACAGGGGUAUCCACAACCUGGAGCGCCUCAAGCUCCUCAAGGGUAUCCUCAGCAGGCGCCACAGGCUCCACAGGCUCCUCAAGGCUAUCCCCAACAGUACCCUCAGGGACCACAACCUGGAGCUCCACAGGCUCCUCAAGGCUAUCCCCAGCAGUCUCCUCAGGCUCUCCAGGGAUACCCCCAGCAGGCCCCACAAGGAUAUCCUCAACAAGCUCCCCAACAGUACCCACAGCCUCAAGGAGCCCCGCAAGGCUAUCCUCAACAAGCUCCCCAACAGUACUCUCAGGGACCACAACCUGGAGCCCCACAAGGCUAUCCCCAACAAGGACCUCAAGGACCCUACGCUGACCCGGCUCUAGGAUACCCCCAGCAAACGCCACAAGGAUAUGCUCAACAGGCUCCCCAACAAUACCAACAGGUCCCCCAGCAGCCACCAAAAGGAUAUCCUCAACAAGCUCCUCAGACACCCCAAGGUUAUCCCCAAGACCCUUCCCAAUAUGGUCCGGCUCCAGGUCCCCAGCAACAACAACAAAAUCUCUACCCAUCCCAGCAACAACUUCAAGGAUACCCACCACAGCAGCCACAACAGCAGUACCCACAGGCUCCUGGACCCCAACAGUACCCACAAGGUCCGGGACCUCAAGGUUUAGGACCCCAAGGUCUGGGACCCCAAGGCCCCCCACCCCAGCAACAAGUGCCAUCUUACAACCAACCUGAAGCACUCCGCCAGGAAAUCGAUCAAAUCCAGGAGGGACCAAUGGCGCCAACCCGCGGGAACCGUAUUCAGUUUGGAGAUGAAGCGCAAGCGGUUUUCAGCAAAGCAGUGUACAACGCCUUGGGAGCACCUGCUCCACGAGCCGGAGAAUAUUUGCAACCCGCGAGAGCACCUGGCGCGGAGCCAGCUGGAGCCAAGGACCCGUUCACCUAUGCGAAUUACUUCAUUGGAAGUAAUAAGAAAUCGGAUUUGGAUUUGGAGUGA